AUGGAUGUUGGGCCGGUGGGAAUGUUAAAAGAGGGUGCAAAAUCCAUUUUGGGGAAGAGACGAAAGUUGGCUAUGUUAGAUGAUGGGGAGGCAGAGGAGGACAGUAAUAAUGGGAAAAAGGUGAAGGGUCCUUGGUGUUGCAUUGGUGAUUUCAAUGCUAUACUUCAUACAUCGGAGAAACAGAGUGUCAAUGCACCUUACUAUAACCAGAUGGAAGAUUUUUGGGUUGCUUUGGAGAAUUAUGAGUUGACAGAUUUGGGUUUUAUUAGGCAUAAGUUCACUUGGACAAAUAGGCGGCCAGGUUCAGCUCAUACAAAACAACAGUUGGAUAGAGCUACUACUAACAAAGGAUGGACUGAAAAGUUUCCUGCAAGUUCAGUUUUCCAUUUGUUCAGCCAUGCUUUUGAUCAUAUUCCUAUUCUUUUGACAACCAUGAAUAAUAGGAUGCUUAGGGGUAGGGGGGCUGGGGGUUUCAAAUUUGAGGAGUGCUGGUUGUUUUGGGAUGAUUGUGAGGAGGCUGUGCUUGAGGCGUGGACAAAAGGAGGGCAUGGUAGCUCGGGUUUGAGUGGUUUGAUUGAGGGACCAAAUCCAAAUUUGUGGGGUUGA